AUGUAUGCCCUGUGCAAAACCUCCAUACUGGCACCUCUGCUUGCAGCCCAGCAAACUCUCUUGGGAAAAGUGGCCUCUGCACCCCUAAGCCCUCAGCCUGUAGCUCAGUGUCUUAUCUUGGGUGGCUCAAAAUUACCGCAUCGCACCCGGGCGCUGCUCGCAACGCUGCCACUCGCGGAGCUGCCGGCUGUGCGGGGAGGGUGCGGCGCGCUCCCCGCGCCUCGAGGGGGGCGGCGCAGCAGGGACCAAGCCGCAGCGCGGGGUCCUCACGUGGCCCCCCAGCGGUCCCGGAAAAAGCGCUGUCCCUACACCAAGUAUCAGAUCCGCGAACUGGAACGGGAGUUUUUCUUUAACGUGUACAUAAACAAAGAGAAAAGACUCCAGCUCUCUCGGAUGCUCAACCUCACUGACCGGCAAGUCAAAAUCUGGUUCCAGAAUCGCAGGAUGAAGGAAAAGAAACUGAACAGAGACCGUCUGCAGUAUUUCACUGGAAAUCCCUUAUUUUGAGAGCUCCAGGAAGCACCCCUCUCCCCCAAGCCCCACUCACCCACCCUCCUCCCCACCAGCCUGCCUUCGGCAGGCCCAGUGUCCUUGGGUUUAAUGACGCCUCUUCUCUGUGGAACUCCAUCAUUUCUUCCCACGGUCAACUCGGGACCUCCCAGCGACCACUGCUGCCUGCGGACGAGGCCGGGGACUUGGCCGAAUGGAUCCUAAUAAGGGGAAAAUGGUAAAUGCAAAUGUCCCUUUACAAUUUUACCGCCAGUGUGCUGUUGUUUUCCCUCCCUCUCUCUCCAGGUCCCCGUGGGGACGCUGUGGGAUCUGUAGAGAGCUAGGCCUGGGCUGCAAGGCACUUGUUUUUGUUCUGAGUUUAAGGGACCCUGUCCUUCCUCCUUCAUGAACGCAGAUUAUUUAAACUCUGGGAAAUGUACCUUUGGUUUGUCGUAUCAAGGCAUGAGUCACUGUCUUUUGUGUGAAUAAAUUGGUUUCUAGUAAAAUGGAGGUUACAGCUUCAA